AUGGCAGGGAAAGAGCAAGACACUCUCAACAAGACCCUAAAGGCAGUCGGGUCCGCUUAUGACAUGGCGGGGCGACUAGGGUGGAAAUUUAAAGCGCGAGCGGUGGCCGCAGCUGCCUCUUCGAAGUCUCCUGCACGAGCAAGCGCACCACCAGGAGCCACAGACGCGGCGGUGGCAGCGGCGGCGGCAGCAGCUGCGGACGAACCGAGCCGCGGCAGGCCGAAGUCGCCGCAAUCUUGGGGAUCAAGUAGUCCGAAUGGGCUACAAAGGUCGGCAAGAGGUAAAAAACUUGCCGGGGACGCACCGGCACCGGGGGUGGCUGUCCCCGCAGGUAGCGGAAAUUGUGUGGUGUCGUGA